AUGGCUUACUUUUUGGCUAAGGGUGGGUUGGCUACGUUUUCAUACCUGGUCCUAGUCGGAGGAAUGCCAAUAAAAGUAACAUCUCAGGUAGCAUGUGCCGCUGAUAUGAUCGCCCUGGAUGUCAAAUGGUCUAUUUCUCUGGGUGGUGUCGUGGUUAUCCGUGACUUCUUAGAAGCCUAUGAUCUCAUCGGCCCUACUAAAACCACAGUCCGCCUCUACCGUUGUUACUUAUAG